AAAUCGCGUUGCGGCAUGGCGAAAACCAAAACGAACGUAGAUUGUAUAUCGGCGCAGCUGCCGUCCCACCCCGCGAGGUUCACGCUGACCGAAUGGCAUCUCGACAAUCAAUUCAGGCACCGGUGUACCAAGGCGCAGCAGGAAUCGUCGGACCGACUGUUGGCCGAGGGAAGACGCGUUUGCGAGUUGGCAAGGGAGAUCGUUAGGGCGAAUAAGGAGGAGACGGAUCACCAACUGAGAGCAAAACUCGACGACAUCGAGUUCCGACAGAAGGAACUGCUGCGGAUCAGGAGGGAUGUCGUUUUGGAGAUCGACGCAUUGUUGACGUACAAAGAACGGCUCGUGGACGCAUUGAAAUCCGUGAGGGAGAAUGCCCUAGCUAUCUGCGAGAAGUGUCUCGUUGCCAGGGAAAAUAGAUUGGGUAUCGACUUGGUUCACGAUGACGUUGAGAGGGAGUUGCUGAGGGAGCGCGAAGUGAUACAGACCGCGGAGAGCUCGUUGGACCGAAUUUUCGAGGAAACCUGCGAGCAAAUCAGAAAACUGAAGUCCGUGUUGUACUGCAUCGACCGCGAUCUGGAGAAUAAGGAGGACAAUUUAUUUAUUGAUCGUCGUAACGUGGCUCUGAAGGAGAGCGACUUCAAUUUGAGCUCGUGUCACGAUACCUCGCCUCACGAUAAGUCGAUACCGUUAAGUGAAUGGGAGCAGCAAACGAAUAAUAACGUUAUUGAUGCAAACAAAGAAGUUAAUAGCGCGAAGCGAUUGCGCUGUUACGUCGAUAAGAUGGUUAAGCGAAUAAUCGACGAUUUAAAUAAGCAAAAAGAUGUCACGAAUGAAGCGUUCAAGCGCCGUAUCGAACAAACUCAAGAAGCCAAAAUCAAGCUGGAACUUCAGCACUCGGAGAUAGUGAAACAGAUCGCUGCUACGUCCAGCAACAUUACGCACAUGAAGAAAUCCAUAGCUGAUAAGGAGGGCUACAUGGCUCUGGCUCACGCGAGACUCGGAUACCGACAUCAACGUCCAGGAACGGAGCUUACCGAGGACCUGGUCGAGGCUAAUCUCGUCAAGGAGGUCCACGAGUUGCGGAACGUUGCGGCGAACCUGCAACGGAUGCUUUGCGAAGACGUUGAACGUGGCGAGCGUGGCUUUGGUGUGUCCUCGUCGGCGCACUCGCGACCAGCAUCAGCGUCGGCGUCGAGGUCGACGCCGGACGCGGCGUUGACAUCGGCGCCGGCAUCGCAGCGUGACUCCAACGCUGACAGAUAUGACGCGAGGGCAUUGGCCAGCGGAGUGGGGCGCCCAGUAAACGCGCCAUCGGAUUCACCAAGCGCACGUGCCAAUGCCAGUACGAGCGCGAGUACGGGACCAGUGGGACGCUCGGAGAGAGAUUUCGCGAGAAGAGAUCGCUGGAGAGCGGUUGGCCGUGUGUUGCGUCGCCUAGCUCUGAUGAUGUUGCUGCUGGCAGCUGUUGCCGGCGUCCUGGCGUUAAUAGUGAUCUACAUGGGUCCGAUUUAUCUCGUGCAGUUGCUCGUGGUGGUCUCCGUCGCUUAUUUUGUUGCUGGUGGUCGUAUGAAAUGGUUCUACGUCGCCUUCAGGACUUUGCCGCGCGAUUGCAAAGGACUUAUAGGAUAUAUUAGAAUGUUGUGGUCCAUACGUGAUCAUGCAAGAAAAGACAGAAGCGUUGCCGAUAUAUUUAGACAAUAUGUUAAUCGUCAUCCUAAUAAAGUAUGUUUUGUGUUUGAAGAACAGGAAUGGACCUAUCAACAGGUGGAGGACUUUAGUAACAAAAUCGCAACAAUAUUUAAAACGCACGGUUACAAGAAAGGAGACGUGGUUGCUUUACUGUUGGAGAAUCGACCGGAGUUCGUCGCAAUUUGGCUUGGCUUGAGCAAGGUUGGUGUGAUAACACCUUUAAUUAACACCAAUCUUCGCAAGACUAGCCUUCAGCAUAGUAUCAAUAUUGCGAAGUGUCAGGCACUUAUAUACAGUGCAGAAUUCUUUGAUGCUGUGGUAGACAUCGCCUCGUCGUUGGAUGCUAAACUGGUAUUGUAUAGAUUCGGGAAUCACCCAAAUACGAUGUCAAUCGGGUUAAAGGAGAAAGAUUUGAACGCUCUCCUGGCAGAUACGUCUGCCACACCACCAGUGAUACAAGACAAGGGUUGUUAUAACGAUAAAUUGUUGUACAUUUACACGAGUGGCACUACGGGUCUUCCCAAAGCAGCUGUUAUCACCAAUUCGAGGUAUAUUUUUAUCGCGGGUGCCGUACAUUUUAUGGCGGUCUUGCGCGAUUCCGAUAGAAUGUACACACCUUUGCCGCUGUAUCAUACUGCCGGCGGGGUAAUGGCGAUCGGACAGGCCUUGUUGCACGGACACACAACGGUGAUCAGGAAGAAGUUUUCAGCGAGCGCAUUUUUCAGCGACUGCAUCAAGUACAAGUGCACCAUCGCGCAAUACAUAGGCGAGAUGUGUCGCUACAUCCUGGCAGUGGCACCUAAAAAGGAGGACAGGGAGCAUAACGUUAGAAUGAUUUUCGGCAACGGUCUCAGGCCGCAGAUCUGGGGAGAAUUCGUUUCGCGAUUCGGCAUUCCGAAAGUGCUUGAAUUUUAUGGCGCAACCGAGGGCAAUGCCAACAUCAUCAAUAUCGACAACAAGAUGGGUGCGAUAGGUUUCGUUUCGAGAAUCAUUCCGUCGAUCUAUCCCAUAUCUAUUAUCAAGGUCAACGAAGAUGGAGAACCCGUACGAAAUUCUAAAGGACUGUGUCAAGUUUGCGAGCCAAACGAGCCUGGAGUAUUUAUUGGGAAGAUUGCGCCGAACAAUCCGACGAGGGCAUUCUUAGGAUACGUGGAUCGGAAAGCGUCUGAGAGUAAAGUAGUUCACAAUGUUUUCAAGAAAGGCGAUUCCGCUUUUCUGUCAGGGGACAUCGUUGUUUCCGAUGAAUUUGGGUAUCUGUACUUUAAGGACAGAACAGGAGAUACGUUCAGGUGGAAAGGAGAAAAUGUUUCGACGUCCGAAAUUGAAGGAAUAGUCAGUAAUUUAAUCAACUAUCGAGAUUGCAUAAUAUAUGGUGUCGAGGUUCAAGGUGCUGAAGGCAAAGCGGGAAUGGCUGCAAUUUAUGACGAAAAUGGGACAGUAGAUGUACAGAAAUUAGCAAUCGAUAUCAAGGAACAAUUACCUGCCUAUGCCAGGCCGCAAUUUAUCAGGAUUCUGACGAAAAUUGAUCUCACAGGGACGUUUAAGCUGAAAAAGAAAGAUCUGCAAGAAGAAGCCUACAAUGUACACAAAAUUCAAGACAAACUGUACUACUUGGACCCAAAGCUUGGUUAUCAGCUUUUGACGCCAGAGAUUUAUGACAAUAUUCAACAAGGGAAGAUGAAGUUUUAAGUAAUCUUAAUUAAUUAGGAAAUUGUGGAGUACGGCAGUAAUGGAUAUUUUUACAGUGCAUCACUAUAUGUAAACAGAUUAUUAGUAUUAUAAAUGAAUUUUUCAUAUCUGAUUUUAUUCAGAUAGCGAGAAGUGCUUGCGAUAUUCCUACAGUUAAACAGUGCGGGUUGAUACCGACUAUGUUUGCAUUAAAUAUAAAUUAUGUUUUAUAAAAGACACGUUUGAAAAUAUAAACUGUUAUUGUAUAAAUGAUUUAUUAUUUAUGUUAAAUAAUAACCAAGUCUCGCUAUAAACUUAAUAUAAAAUUUCGUUGGACUUUGUUAUAAUUUGUCGUAUUUUAUUGGAUUUUACUAUUAUUUAAAAAUAAAGUUAUUUUAA